CUUAUUUCUCAAUGACAUGGUCGUGCAUGGUUUGGGUCGUGCACGGUUCUUGCGGCUGUCGCGGCUGACCGUGAGCCAUAUCUUGGAGCUACCAUGUCGAUCUCGUUCCUGCCUCUAUUAUUUUGAUUUACUCUCGUGUCUUCGCUUGAUUCUCCUCUCGGUGAUAGAAUUGCUUUGACCUUAUUGUGCAUCGUGUUCCUACAGAUCCCUAGACGCGGGUCUAUUCUCUCGUUCUGCCUCUCCCUUCACUGACCUUCGAAGCUUAACCUUGCCAGCGAAAGAAAGGCUCCAAGAUGGUGUCUACAGCUUCGACUUCGCUGAAGCCUCCUUCAGCGGACACACUGAAAUCACAGCCUUUUGGGAAGAUUGAGCCAAACUCGACCAAAUACUUCGCAGCAUGCAUGCUCGGCGGCAUAGUUGCCUGCGGUCCAACCCAUACUCUCGUCACACCUCUUGAUCUGGUCAAAACCCGUCGACAAGUCGAUCCGAAAUUGUACACCUCGAAUUUCAAGGCCUGGCGUACCAUUUUCGCCAGUGACGGCCUGCGCGGCGUCUUCUUUGGCUGGGCACCUACCUUCGUUGGCUACUCUUUCCAAGGCCUCGGCAAGUAUGGCUUCUACGAGGUCUUCAAGCACGAGUAUGGUGACAACCUGUUCCCUAACACCAACCGCACGCUCGUGUACCUUGGCGCAAGCGCGUCCGCCGAGUUCAUCGCCGACAUUUUCCUGUGUCCCUUCGAAUCGAUCAAAGUGCGCAUGCAGACCACCAUGCCCGCAUACGCCCACAAUCUGCGCGAGGGAUGGAGCAAGGUCGUCGAGAAAGAAGGUAUCUCUGGAUUGUACAAGGGUAUCGCACCCCUCUGGGCCCGUCAGAUCCCGUAUACCAUGUGCAAAUUUGCGACGUUUGAGGAGACGGUGCACCAGAUCUACAAAACGCUCGGCAAGCCCAAGGAGAGUUAUAACAAGCUGCAGCAGACUGGGGUAAGUUUUCUGGGUGGGUAUAUUGCUGGUAUUGCAUGUGCGGUCGUCAGUCACCCUGCCGAUGUCAUGGUCAGCAAGCUGAAUUCGGAUCGAAAACCCGGAGAGUCCGCUGGAAAGGCUAUGAGCCGAAUCUACGGUAACAUUGGCUUUACCGGACUAUGGAACGGUCUCCCAGUCAGAAUUGUCAUGAUCGGAACUUUGACUGCGUUCCAGUGGCUCAUCUACGAUUCCUUCAAGGUCUACCUCGGCCUGCCGACGACUGGUGGUCAUUAGGGAGGUUAGAACCGUAACAACACGAAUCAGGACGCCAUAGCUCUGUGCUGUGCGGUGAGGAGGAAAGUGUUCUCGGCAUCGAGCCCAAAGAGAACGCAGGCGUUUUCUUCGGUAUGAUGAUAAUAUUCCUGCCUUAGUCCAAGAGGGCAGCAUGGAGUAUCUUUCCGCAUCUGUAGGCCUAUUGAGCCUCGUCUUGAAGUGUUGGACUCGGCGGGUUAUGAGUUAUCAGGUUUUCUAGGCUAAGUUUUAUGCCGAUUUGGAACCAUGUCCAUGGGCGGAAGAAAAUACUGAGGAACUUGAUAUUUCGUGCCGAGGGAAGGCAGAAGCACAACCGCGAGAUCAUGCAUUUGCGGUUGAACGGAAAUGAUAACGAGACGAUUUGAGUACAGCAGACUUGAUCGUUCAUGAUGGGAGGAUUAGAAGGAAUAGGAUAGAUAAGAAACAGCCUGUAGGUCCUUUCAACCUGGAAUGAAUCUGUUGCUUCAUCA